AUGUGGCAGCAGUGAGGAUACUAGCCUGUGUGUGACAGCUGACCUCUGAGGGCUCAGGGAGAUACACAGGGGAGGGAGGACCCCGGACUGGAACCCACCCCAGCUUAGCUGUUAUGAUUGUGUCCCUCGGGAUGAAGAGGCUGGCUCUUGGAUUCCAGUCUUUGCUGCUAAUAGAAGGGACCCUUCUCCCACCCUAAGGGAAUAGGGUGUACCAGCCACAGAUGCCUUAAGAGACAGACAUCCCUCUGCCCCCCCCCCCAUACCUUGUAUUCCCGUCCUGUCUUCCCCGAGUCCUCAUCCCUAGGCUCCUGUGUCUCUGGGGAGUGAAACACUUCCUUUGGGAAGUGGACAGGAAGGUGGGCAACCAGCUCGGUGUGGGUGGGGAUCUUGCUUCUCUACGGGAAGAGGCUCUGUAGUCCAGAGUGAGCUGUUGUAGAACUGGGUCUGCUCUGCCCAGGGGUUCCACAGAGGAAAAACCACCACCGCCCCAUCCCACUGAAAGCGGCAGGUGCUAGGUGGGAACUGGUUACCACAGCUCAAGUCCGGGAUCCCAAAGUACCACUGCACUAAAAGGCACCUGGCCCUUUAAAAGCUGGAGCUUGCCUUCUGUGCGUGAGCAUAUGCGUGUGAGCGUGAGUUCCUGGCUGCCUGGGAGGACGGCCACGGGGAGGGCAUUGAAGGAAAGCCAGGUGGCAGAAGUCUAGAAAUUGCUCUGAAGGUGAGGACGUCCCCUCCCCCACCAUCAGCCACCACCGCCAGCCACCCACAUUGUCCUCCUCAGCCCCUCCCCAUCAGUGCCUCCACUUACAUCGCCUGGCCUGAGUCAGCCGCCUGCUCCACUUGGUGUAAAUGGCUGAUAAGCAGAUCAGCCUGCCGGCCAAGCUCAUCAAUGGUGGCAUCGCCGGGCUAAUCGGGGUCACCUGCGUGUUCCCCAUCGACCUGGCGAAGACGCGGCUGCAGAACCAGCAGAAUGGCCAGCGCAUGUAUGCCAGCAUGUCUGACUGCCUCAUCAAGACCAUCCGCUCCGAGGGCUACUUCGGCAUGUACAGGGGAGCAGCAGUAAACCUGACCCUGGUCACCCCCGAGAAGGCCAUCAAGCUGGCAGCUAAUGACUUCUUCAGACAUCAGCUCUCUAAGGAUGGACAGAAGCUGACCCUGCCUAAGGAGAUGCUGGCAGGCUGCGGGGCUGGCACCUGCCAGGUGAUCGUGACCACCCCCAUGGAGAUGCUGAAGAUCCAGUUGCAAGACGCAGGCCGCAUUGCUGCUCAGAGGAAGAUUAUGGCUGCCCAGGCUCAGCUCUCGGCUCAGGGAGGGACCCAGCCCCCAGUAGAGACUCCAGCUGCUCCUCGGCCCACGGCCACCCAGCUGACCCGUGACCUGCUGCGGAACCAUGGCAUUGCUGGCCUCUACAAGGGACUGGGGGCCACGCUGCUCAGGGAUGUACCCUUCUCCAUUGUCUACUUCCCCCUGUUUGCCAACCUGAACCAGCUGGGCCGCCCAUCGUCCGAGGAGAAGUCACCCUUCUAUGUGUCCUUCCUGGCAGGCUGUGUGGCUGGGAGUGCAGCCGCCGUGGCUGUCAACCCCUGUGAUGUGGUGAAGACUCGGCUUCAGUCACUUGAGCGAGGCGUCAAUGAGGACACUUACUCGGGGUUUCUGGACUGUGCCAGGAAGAUCUGGAGACACGAGGGCCCCUCGGCCUUCCUGAAAGGCGCGUACUGUCGUGCGCUGGUCAUCGCCCCGCUGUUCGGCAUCGCCCAGGUGGUCUACUUCCUGGGCAUCGCUGAGUCCCUGCUGGGACUGCUGCAAGAGCCCCAGGCCUGAGCCCAUGGCUGCUUCCCCCCAGCCUAUGGGCUGGGGCCAGAACAGGGUGACCAGCACAAGCCUGAGGGGGACUGGUCUCUCCCCGGUCCUCCUCCCCAUCAAACAGGAAGGCAGGGGGAGGGUGCAGGAUCCACAUGGGUGGUGCACACAUAGGCCCCCAUGGGGUCCUGAGGGACAAAAAAAUUGGGAUCAAGGUCUUAUUUAUGUAGAAAAUGCAGAAAUCUGUACAUUCCUCGAGCCAGUCCCGUCCCCUCGCUGUACCCCAACCCAGUCUCACCUGGCCUGAACACCCCCUGAGACAGAGCUGGUCUCUGGGCUGGGGCCCCCAGGCCUGGUUUUGGCAGGCAGACCCUACCCUGUAGUCCACUGGCUCCGGUCUCCGAGGCUCUCCUGGUCUACAAAGGGGACCCACACACAAAACCUUAUUUAUUGAAUUUGCUGUGCCCACGUGGCUCUCUGCCUGUCCUCCGUCCAUCAGUCUGUUCGCCCCUGCUGCUCUUUCUGCCUCAACCAGGACCCCACUCUGCCUCCUCAGCCAGCCUUACAGGAGGACUGGAGUGUUCUCUCCUCGUGUUAAGCUAGGAUUCCCAGGCUGGGUGUGCUGCCACAUUCAAUUCUGAUCCCAGGCACCCCACACAUACUCUUCCUGGUGAGCCUUUGGGCCCCCACCCCGUGGGGGACCCAGAUUGCUUAAGUUCUUUGUGUGCCUGUGACGGGGCGGGUUGCGCCCCCGGCCCGCAGCAGUCAGCUGCCCAGGCUGCAUGGGCAUUGGCCCCAAAGGGCACAGUUGCCUUUCCCUCUGGAGUCAGGCAUCCCGUGCUUGUGUGCUGUGUGCCUCAGGUCUUCUGCUGACCCCGUCCAGUAAUUUAGUUCUCCAGCCUGGUAACUCUUGUGAUAGAGCCCUAACUCCUGGACAGAGAUUGCUGGUGGGGGAAGGGCGGGCAUGAAGGCCAGUCCGGAGCCUGGGCCACCCAGCUCUCGGGGCCUCUGCCCAUAUUUGGGAAGCCCCGCCCUUCCAGCCCUGGAUCCUCUGUUCUGAAUCAAAGCAACCCUCCUCCCCUGCCCUGGCCAUGUGAUUGUGUUUGGUGAUUGACUGAAGUGCUGGUGCUGUGUCCCUCAAGCCCAACCCCCUCCACGGAGGCCCCUUCCCAGUGACACUACCUGGGGCUCAAGUCUGGGCCAUCCCUAUUUCACGGUUGCUCCUGGGAGCCUCCCCUCCUACCAUGUCUGGACCUUGAAAGCUGCUGCUGCUGCUUACAGAAUUAUAUUUUUUUCUUUUGAAGAGUUUAAGAAGUUGUAACUUUUUGUGUCUUGUCAUGUAUAAGAUAAAUAAAUAUUCUAAAUAGA